AUGGCACCUGUCGUGAUCGCUCGUUCUUUUGGGCUGCCACGCUCAACGGCCAACAGUGCCAAUCGUCGCUUCCACGAGGAAGAUUUUCUCAAUGGCCUUCCUCAUAAAAGGUUUCCGGUGACUGUUGAGAACGAUCAACACGUUGCACUCAUCAGAAGCAGAUUACUUCGAAAUCCGAAACGGAACAUGAAGAAGAUGGUCAAGCAGUACAAGAUGGCGGAGGUGACGGUCAGUAAUAUCGUCAAACUAGGAGAGAAUCGCCAAGCAGGGCAAGGUGGCAAGUUGAAGCUGCUUCCGACGCACAAAACCACUAUGGGCUCGCCAGGACGUCUAGGGAAGCUGAUAGGAAAGGGAAGUCGUCACUCGAGCCGUUUUCCGGCACAGUCAAUGUUUUAUGAAGUAGUGAACUCGAAUGAGAAAAUGCCACUUGCCUUCGUCGAACCUCGAGUCAAAAUCAACGAGGUACAGUAG